AUGGAAUUUGGCGCCAAAAAGGGAACCAGAAUUACUAUAUUGUCCGGUGAUGUACAUUUAUGUUGUAUUGGUAGAAUGAAGUCCAAGUAUCAUCAUCACCCCAAAGCCCAUUUUUUGCAAGGAGUUAAAGAAGUUGAGAAAUUGAAUAAGNUAUCUUCAGCCAUAGUCAAUGCACCUCCACCCGAUGCCAUGGCUACAUUGUUGAAUAAGAGGAGUGGCGCCCACCAUUUCAUUCAAGAUACUGAUGAGGACGUUGUACCUAUUUUCGUCAAGGAUGUUGAUGGGUCACAAAGAAACAACCAUCAAUUUUUAAACAAGAGGAAUUGGUCGGACUUGAUACUAGCCAAACAAUCAAUCAAGUAUAAAGCGCUAGUGGAGACAGAAUCGGACCCUUCAUCGGUGGUUAGAAAAUUCCCUCAGCCAGUGUUUGACGAUGAACAGGAUACACAAGAAGGCGAUUUCUUGCAUAACCAACAUGAAAAUGAUCGGUUUAUCAAGUAUCCAUUAUACAACGAUUCAGUCGUGACUUCAUUAAGAGUUGAGAAGGAUCCUAGUGAUUUGGGUAGUGAAUCGGCUGCUUAUGAAGUGAUCAUACCUCCGUUGAUUGGUAAUUAUAAGUUAGGUAGAGCUGCUGUUAAACACGUUGAUGCAUAA